AUGGUUCAACCUCAACUAGUUCAUCCUAACAUCCAAGUAAAUGACAUAACCAAGACAUUCCGCGAUGCUGCAUCAAGGUUGGCCGCCGGUAAUCUGGUCAAAGAUGAACACUUUACGCUGUUUGAGGCGGUCACCGCCCUGGAGAUUGGGGACCCGAAGAUGGACAGCGGGUCUCUCGCCUUUGACCCAGAGAUCGAGGACGAUUUCAACUUUGCAACAACAGUGUCUGCCGAAGAAAUCAUUUGGUUGAUGGAUGAAUUGAUGUAUCGCGAGGUAGCGUGGCACAUGGGUUAUCCUUUAUCUCAAACUCUCUUCACCUCAGUCCAUAUCGAGCGGCUACUUUGGCCGGAGCCAAAACAACUCUCAGAUGCUCGAUUCGACAAAGAUCCAGUGCAGAUGGUCAGUUCUCCAUCCCUGCUCCGAGAUGUGUUUCAGCCCUAUUGUAUCGGCCUCAUCAAGAGUUGUGAUCUUGUCCUGUCGAUGAUCUCCACCGAGCAUUAUUAUGAGGAAGAAGACUUCGCGACACAGAUAUUCAAUCGACCUCUAUUGCAUGAUUUUCCCGUCCAUGACGUGGUAAAGCUCGUUCAAAAUGCGUGCCUUUGGGUACAUAAUAGCGAGAUGUCUUCGAGCCUGAAAGAUGCCUUGAUAGCUCGCUUGAACGGACGGAUUUCUCUUGUUCAAUUGCUUGAAUGUUGUGCCCAGAAAGAGAGACCGGAAACUAAGAAUCUUGAUGAAAGCAUUGCCUUGCUAAGACAAAUCGAAUCUUCAACGGCUAUCGGCAAACCACCCGGGGAAGAGCCAUUUACAUUGAAGAUCCAGCGGCGACUAGCCAGCAGUGUGCCUCCUAGACCUAUGAUCGUGGUGGAGAAGGAAAAGGCAUUUACAUUUCUCCGGCAACUGGUCACCGACGCCACUACCGCCUUUCAGGUUCUCGACAUCUCAUCCAGUGGCGACCUGCUCGUUGCGUACCAGAACUUCAUGGCUCAGACCAUUCAGCCUGCCGUCUACGUUCGGGCUCUUCUCCAGUCUUUUUUGACCUUCAACAAUACGGUAUUGGGCCAAUUUACUUUGAAAGACUUCAUUUUCCAAGAUCUACGGUCUCUCGUUCUCCCACCCUUCCUGCUCCGAGACGAUGAAGGACAAACUGACGACGGACCUACUCAUCAGCAAUUCCGGCUUUCUUCUCAAAUCGAUUCGUUCGUAAACCGGUGUGGUCAGUCCUUUUUGAAUCUCUUCCGAACCUUUUGCCUAAAUCGAUGCCGGACGCGACGGACGCUUUGCCACGCCGCACUGGAAUGGGACCAAGUCCAAGCCGAGGCCGAAGAUUUAGAUGCACUGGCGCAGUCUUUCUUCAACGAGCAGCCAAUUCCAUACCCGCCUGGCGAAGAACCGACAUUUUCUUAUUCUCUCAGCAGUUGGGUAUACCAUUACAAGCUGAUGCAACUUCGAACCAUUGUGCAGAUGGGAUUUGAACUGUCCAUCUACGCGCCACACGAAUUCGCUAGCAUGUAUUGGUACCUUUCGCAUCUCUGCGGCACCCACCUUGCACAUCUGGAACGAGUCAGCUUUUUUGUAUCUUCCAACAGGCAUCUGAAGUCCUCCAGUGAGGAUGAAGUGCAACGGACCCUACAUCACCUCUAUCGGCAUUUCGCAUGGCUCAAAGCCACCGACGCUUUAGCCAAAGCACUACACAGGGUUUUGAUACUCCUCCAACGACACCACCACUUGGCAAAUCCCUCCCCCGCUUACGCUUCGGACCAGCUGAGAUAUGAAUUAAGGAUGAGACCUUUCUUGCACUUGUCGAUACCCGAGCCCAUCAGCAUUGACGUCGCCCAGCAGUCAUCCUCAUUACAAGAGCUUCCAGACGAAAUUAUCAUUGAACAAGCAUCAAGACUGAAUGAGACGGCAAGAAAGGUUUGGGGAGAAGUGUCCCGAGAAGGAUGGAACACGCAGCCUCUCUCCGGUACGGUCUUAUCGACAAGUUCGGUUGUACAGAUGGAAUGGACGAAAGACGUGCGAAACACCAUAAAAUCCUGUAUAGGGACCGGUUUGGCCAUUACCGCUCUGAACAAGGCUCUGCAGGAAAGUAGAAACGGUACCGGGAACAAAAGAAUUGUUGAAAUGAAGGUCAAGAUCCCGCAAGUCGGCGAACGAGACCGGUGGCAUCCAUCAUGGCCAGUGCCAAUUAUUUCAAGAUGA